UACCUACCCUUAUCCUUUUCCUUCCUACUAUCCCCACCGGCCACCACCCCCGCCCGCACACACAAAUACAAAAGUGUAAUUUCCAUAUUACUUCGUAAAGAAAUAAGGUUGAAAUUAGAAUAAGAAAAAAAAAAAAGCGCGGAAGACGACUCGGCUUCUGAAAUUUUCCUUCUCUCUGAGCAGGAAGACAGGCAGGAAGGUACCUUACCUUUGUAUUCCGGUCUGGAGAGGAAAUAUAUUUACGCGAGUCUGAGAGAGAGGGACCGUAACAUAAAUUCUUCCCCCAAGUGUUUCUUCAUUGACUUUUCUGGAUUUCCGAUUGAUUUUUUUUGGGUGUUUUAAUCAUCGCCGUAACUUACUGAAUAAAUCCCUUUGUUCAGUUUAUUUCUUCCCCUUUUUGUUCCGAUUUUCCUUGAAUAACACCGGUGGAUUGACCGGUUUAUUGCCGUUAGAGAUAAUAUUAAAUGAGAUUUUAGCCAGGCUCCCGCAAAAUUUUAUCUUGGUUCAUUUAUCUACGAUCGAACUGCUCCCGUUUCUGAUCAUCCGGAGAGGGAGUCUGAUAUUAUAUUACCCUUGUUUUGAUUCUUCUGGGUGAAAAGCAGAUUGGGAUUUUGAUAUAUUGGCCGUGUUCCGAUCUGGGUGUCGAUUGUUAGCCGAUAGUUAUGGGAACCAGCUCGGAAACUAUGGAUAAAUGGAGGGACUAUUUCGGGAGCGCGAAUUCCGACAUUUUCGGGACCAUCGAGCACGCCAUCAUGGUGGCGGCCAUGGAUUAUCCGCAGGAGUUCCAGUUGAGGAGGGAUCGAAUUGCCGAGAUUCUGUUCACGUGCAAAGUCCCCAGAUGCUCUGGGUGCAACAAGGGUGGGGAUGAGAAGUGUAAGGCUGUUGCUGGGUUUGAUAGGGAAUCGAGGAGCAAAGAGAGCAAAUCAAACGUUCCUUUGGAGAUGGAGGUAAAUGUGAAACAGGCCAGUAAUUACAGCUAUGAUGAUGCUGAGGCAUUGACUGAUGAGAUUGAGAAGCAGUCUUUAACUGUGGGGGAGGUCUUCAGGAUCAAGAAGGUCCUAGAUAACUAUCAAGAUGAGUCUGAAUCCACAUUGUUUGAUUCCCUGAGGAGGCUUCAAUUGAUGGGGUUGACUGUGGAAACACUGAAGGUCACAGAGAUAGGCAAAUCUGUAAAUGGUCUACGAAAACAUGGAUCAAAACAGAUUAAGCAGCUUGUCCGGACUUUGAUCGAUGAUUGGAAGAUGAUGGUAGAUGAAUGGGUCAAUGCCACUACAGCCAUUACAGAAAGCACUCCAGAGUCUGGUAAAGCAUCAGUUGUUGAAGAAGAAGAUGAAGAGGAGGGGCUUCCUUCUCCACCUUUGGAUGAGGGAGCUUUCUUCACUACUGCUACAAUGGACAUUUCCCAAUUCUUUGAUGGCAUGGAUUUUGAUGGAAAUCCUCAGGACAGUGGGGAAUUCGAGAAGAACCAUGAAAAUGCCAGAAAGCCCCCUGUUAGGAAGCAGCAACUUAAUGACAGCAACAGACCAACUGCAGCCCCAAGAGACCUUAAAUAUGACACACCCAAAAAGCAAGAACUUGUAAUGAAGAACCAGGCAUCAGCUGUUUUUAAGCCAAACACACCUUCUUCUGCUGUUGAACACAAGUUGCAGCAUAAACUAGAUAAAAGCAGCAACCUUCCGAAGAGGGCAGAUGCUCCCCACCAAAAUAGCUUAAAGACUUCUGAUGAAGAUUCAGUUAAAAUGAAAUUGGAAGCGGCAAAGAGGAAACUUCAAGAACGCUACCAAGAAGCUGCAAAUGCCAAGAAGCAACGGACGGUACAAGUUAUGGAGUUGCAUGACAUUCCAAAGCAAGGUCAAGUUGUCCACAGAAGCCAACAUGUGAAACCGGGAAGCCAAAACAGCAGGCUUCGGGCAACUAAUGGUCGCCGAUGAGCCUCCCACACUGCUUCGACACGAACCUCUUCAACCUUUGAUGAAGGAAGAGCUACAUAACUCCUAUUCAUACAAUGUGCAGCAUUCUCUCAUACAGAGAGCUUCUAAGCUCUGAGAACCAGAGUGGCAUCCUCUCCGGAAGCCAAAGAACAGUUACUAUCAUAUAUAUAAAUAUAUAUAUAUAUGCGUACAGUGUUUUCUUUACGAAGGAUUGAGUAUUGGUUUUUACCCUCUAAGCUAAAUGAUGCUAUGAAUCGUGAUGAGUUGAACUGAACCUUCAUCUGGAUGCAACAUAAAAGCUAGUCGGUCAAUUCGGCUUUUGUCCUCUCAUACAAAGAAUUAGUUGAGAAGAUGAAGUUUUUCUUGUUUACUUCAUAAUUAGCAAUUUUGUCUCCUGGCAAUUAGGAUGGAGGAUAUUUAACAAAAUGUCCUGCGAAGCGGGAUUCGUUCCCUUGUGGGAAAAGUGGGAUUUGAUCCCUUGUGCAAAGCCAUUAUAAGUCGCAGAUAACAAAAGUUUUGUAACAGAUUCUUUAGUGUAAUGUGAACAUGUUAAACGGUUACAAAUUAAGGUUUCUAAA